AUGCCGUUGAGUAAAAGAGAAAAAACCAGUGUUCACCGUCAACUGUUAGAAUCGCCGGAAAUUUUCAACAGUAAUGGGCAAGCCAUGGGCACGGAAAAUAACAUUUCCAAGUGGGAGGAACGUGUAUGCAUAAACAGUGGAAGAAAGUUUUACAAACCAAAAGUCAGUGGAUCUCUUACACCUGCUGUUGGAAUGCUUUUUAAGUCAUUUGAUGAGGCAUUUGCAUUUUAUCAGAGAUAUGCACUUGCUGCAGGUUUUCCUGCAAGAAAAAAUACCUCUUGGAAAAAUGUUGGUGGUUUAGUAAAAAUAAGAUAUAUUGUCUGUUCAAAAGAAGGAUUUCAUGUUCCCAAAGCAAUAGAUUCUGGUUCAGUUGAGAAUAGUAAAAAGAUUGUUAGACGUAAUAGAGGUUCAAAAAGAGUUGGAUGCAAUGCUCAUGUGAAACUAAUAUUAGAGGACAAUAAUAUGUUUAAACUCUACUUCUUUGAACAAGAACAUAAUCAUAUCUUUGUUGAAGAUGAAGAUAUUCAUUUCUUGCCGGCUGCCAGAAGUAUCGAUUAUGUGAAAGAAAGUUUUAUAUCUGGAUUGUCUGCAAUCAAUAUUGGACCUGUUAAAGCAUUCAAUAUUAUGAAAACAAUUUAUGGUGGUUUUGGUGAAGUUGGAGCUAGUAAAGUUGAUUGUAAGAAUUAUAGAAGGGAUUUGAAUCUUUACAUCGGAGAGUAUGAUGCAGAAAUGGUAGUUAGGCGCCUUAUUAGGAAGAAAGAAUGUUGUCCUGGUUUCACAUGUGAUUAUGUUAUUGGUGAAGAUAGAAGAUUGAGAGGGCUUUUCUGGGAUGAUGAGGAAUCAAAAAAAAAUUAUACAGUGUUUGGUGACAUAUUUGGUUUUGAUGCUACUUAUAAAUCAAACAAGUAUGAUUUGGUUUUUGUACCAUUUACUGGUAUUGAUAAUCAUUUUAGGAAUGUCACAUUUGGUGGUGCAUUACUUGGUUCGGAGACUGCAGAUUCGUAUAGAUGGCUUUUAAGAUGCUUUGUUAAUGCUUUUGGAAGUGAGCCUAAAGUUGUUGUUACUGAUCAAGAUGCUGCAAUGAAGAGAGCUAUUAAGGAUGUACUUCCAAGAAGUAGGCAUAGGUUAUGUAUGUGGCAUAUAUGGGAGAAAUUGAAGAAAAAGGUUGGUCCUGUUUUGUCAGCAAACACUGAUUUUAAUACAAGAAUGACUCGUGUUGUUUGGAAUGAUACUAUUAUUCCAGAAGAUUUUGAAACUGAGUGGCAUUCAAUAAUGUCUACUUUUGGAUUGGAAAAUCAUGAGUGGUUAAAAGACAUGUACGAUCUUCGAUUUGAUUGGAUUCCUGCUUAUUACCAUGGAGAGGAUUUGGCUGGGCUUAUGCGUACUACCUCAAGAUGUGAAAGCGAGAAUUACUUCUUUGGUCAGAUUUGCAAUCCAAGAUGUACACUUGUUGAAUUUUUCACUCAUUUUGAGACAGCAAUGGAUAUUCAAAGGCAUGAGCAUAGGAGGAAUGAUCAUGAUACAAGGUAUAUUGAGUGUAAACCGUGGAGUGACUUUGUAUUGGAGAAACAAGCAUCAGAAAUAUACACCCAAACAAUUUUUAAGGAUAUUCAAAUUGAAAUUGAUGCUGCUAUUACAAAGUGUAUGUCAAAGUCUGUUGAUACUGUGCAAUACAACAAAGAAGAAGAUGGUUUAAGUAUAAAUUGUUCUUGCAAACGGUUUGAACAAUUUGGUAUAUUGUGCCGCCAUAUAUUUUACGUAUUACGGUAUGAGGAUAUUAGUGAGUUUCCUAGAAGAUAUGUUCAUAGAAGAUGGACGAGAGAUGUCGUUUCAAUGGGAUCAAAUCAUUCCAAUAUUCGAUUUGAUGAAAUUGGUAGGAAUAGCGAGAUUGAUAAAGUUUAUAGAGGGAUUGUUCUUGCAAAUGAGUAUGUGGUUAAUAGGCUGGUUGGCGAUUUAGAUGAAUUGUGUCGUUACAGGGAUCAUAUUAAAAGUUAUAUUGAUAAAGCGGAUGAGGUUAUGGUUGCUGCACCGCCUCCUACUCGCAAAGAAAGAUUUGCUGAUAUUGGAGGGAACAUAGAGAAAUCUGAUUCUAUGAUUCGUGUCCCCAUCAAAAUAAGGACGAAAGGAUGUGGUGUACAAAAAAGGAUCAAGUCUAAUCGUGAGAUUGCAAUUCAGAAAUCAUCAAAGAUCCAGAAAUCGUGUCGUAUUUGUGGUGGAAAAGGACAUAACAGUCGAACGUGUAAAGAUAAGGUUUCUUCUAAUGCUAUAGGUUCUAGCAAUGGAGUGUAA